GUCUGAAAUUGUCAGACAAUGAUAUGGAUACGGAAGUGAGUCACAGGAGGCUGACGCGGGACUUGAAAAUUCUUGAACUUCUUUUGGCUAGGAGUAUUAGCACAGUUCCGUCAUGGAAAGAAAAUCAAAUCUUUGCUGCAGCUGGAGUAACUGAUAUUGCUGAGGUUCAGAAUGGAAACAUAAGCUUUAAUUCAAGCAAUACUACAGACAACUGUGCCCCCAAAGUCUUUGUCCAUCCAACAUUGGUAGAAAAUCGUUUACCCGCAAUUUCCUUGAGAAAUGUUGGCCAAGCCUCCAAUUCAGGAUCUCUCCCUUUCUCCCAUUCUCCUGGACUAACCCAACACUACUCUGAGAACCCCACAUUGAACAUUAAAAUUACAGGAGUACAAGGCUACCAACAACCAGUUACAAGAAUAUACUAUUGUGACAAAUGUGGCUACGGUACCUCAUGGGAGAGUGCCCUCAGAUCUCAUGUAAAACAAAUCCACAUGAAACUAAAGAAAUUUGAAUGCCUCGUUUGCGGCUUCACUACUAAGAGAAAAAGGGUUUUGAACGCGCACAUGAAGUCUCACAAGGGAGUUUUAACGUAUCACUGUUCUCUCCACAAGAAAAAGGAAGACAGAAGAAAUCCUUGCCAGUUCACCACCCGAUUAAAGAGCCUCUUUGUCUUACACCUCCAGUCCCACAGCACCAAAGCUCUUCAUGCUACAAAAUUGUUGAAGUGCAGCAAAUGCUGGUAUUCCACAUCAAACCGGAAGAUGCUGAUACGCCACAAGCACAUUUACCACAGCCCCCAAACGAAUCUCCCCGUCAUUCCAAAAGCUCAGCAGUCCUACAUUAGUAACUACUACAUGUACCUGCAUUAUGGGGUGUUCCCCUACCGAUGCUCUGACUGCUCCUACGUUACCUCCAGUCAGGAGAAGAUGAGUGAACAUGUUCAGCGGCACAAGCUCAUGUUUCGCUGUCCCGAGUGUCCGUAUGUGUGCAACUUCAAAACCAAAAUGAUAUUGCACUUGAGACAACACCAGGCACAGAAGAACACUUUAAUUCUCUUCAAGUGCAUUUUCUGUGACUAUGAAACGAAGCAUAAAAAUGCGCUGUACACUCACAUGCGCACACACACCCACGACCGACCCUAUCGGUGCCACAUUUGUGACUACAGCGCCAUUCAGAAGGUACACCUUGAUGCGCACAUGUAUAAGCAUAACGGGGUUCUUCCUUUCAAAUGUUCCUUGUGUAAGUACAAGACCGCCACCAAAGCUAGUCUAAAGGCGCACAUGUGCAAGCACACGGGAGUUAAACCCUUCCGGUGUGAGCACUGUGACUACAGGAGCGCCAGGAAGGCUGACCUUAAGAAACAUGUUUCUAUUCGACACAAAAAGGAGUUUAGAGCGCGGUGGGGUUAGCUAGCAUGGAGGAGACAAUAGCAUUACUUCUUUAUACAAGCUUCUUGCUUUACUUGAGCUAAGAAACACAAAACAAAUGUAAAAGACGAUAAUAUUAUGUUCUACUAAUGUACUAAAUUAACCAAUAGUUGAAUGUUUGCAUCGUAGCUGAAUGAAUUAUAUAUAUUAAUAUGAGUAUCAAUUUGCUAGGUUGAAAAAGGUUAACAAAUGACCGGACAAAAGAUGUAUAGCACCCCCCAGAAUUCCCACUCUGUCUGACCCACCCCCCCAGAAUUCCCACUCUGUCUGACCCACCCCCCUAGAGUUCCCACUCUGUCUGACCCACCAUGUAAAGCACCCCCCAUAGUUUCCACUAUGUCUGACCCACCCCUUUAGAGUUCCCACUCUGUCUGACCCCCCCCCCCCCUAGAGCUCUAGAGUUCCCACUCUGUCUGACCCCCCACCCCCUGAGUUCCCAUUCUGUCUGACCCACCAUUUCAACGUUUGAUUGAUUGGUGCUAUUUGUAUCUUCAGUCCUUUUAUUUUGUUAUAUUCUAUAGUAUUCUUAACAGCAGUUAGAUUGAUUUUAACUGCACCAUCUUAUUUCAAUGACAAUGAUGUUCAAAUUACUGAGUAAUUCCUGUUGCAGAAAAUUUAUCGGACCACUAUUUCAAUAUAGUAUUCAAGUGUUCGGCAACUUUUCCUCAGUGAUAUGAUCUGCGUUAUUAAGCAUUAUCGUCACUGGCUUCGAUCAAAAAUGUUUAUGUGGUUUGUUAGUUCUAAUUACAAACCUCAAAGAUGUCCGAAGAAAGGCAUUAUUUAUACUAUUGUAUGAGAUUUCACCUCAAAAACUCAAUGUCGUUUAGCAUUCAAAAGUGUUGUUUUUGUUGCAUUACAAACGUUUGAGAGGAGUACGAGGCCGAUAGUCUGUUUUAUAUGUACUUUUUAUACCACUCAUUCUAGAGUCUACCUUUAAAUGCGGGUGAUAUAAGAAACUUGAUCACUUAAAUUGAAAACAUGUUUUUAAACUUUAUUUAAAGAAGACUGCAUUUAAAUGUGCCUCUGUCCCAAGUGGCUGAGACAUCAAGGUCGGAUAUAUAUUUUGUACUAGAGAUUUAUUAAUGCUUUAUGCUUUUAUGGGUUCUGUUGCCCGAGUGAGGAAUGCUGCAUGGGAAUGCUGAAACUGUAUUAUUUCUGUAAGGGGUCGUUCACAUAUUACGUAAUCAGGCUAGGGG